AGAUGAAAGAUACCGCGGACCAGGGGACGCCGGUGGGUACAGUACUGUACGUAUGGUACGAAGAAGACCGUGGGCCGUUUACUCGUACGUGUGACCGGUACUGUUUUGUACGCUACGGCGGCAGGCAAGGUAUGUACGCUACGGUACAGUACCAAGUUUUGGACCCAGGCCAGGAUGCCAAAAAAUCCGAGAAACGAAUUCGCGUGGGAGAACAGAAACAUGAACAGAUACGGGAUUCUCAAACCUCCGCUUUGGAAGGAUUGAUCGAAACCUCCCACAAGCCUACAAUUGUUCCGAGGAUUCCGGUCUCCCCGUUGCAACCCCUGCGUACAGUAUCAUGCCGAACCCAACCAACGAUGCUGGCAGCCGCGGCAACAACGUCGACAACGCCAACGCCAGCGCCAACCAGCCCCGUCCCUACGACGACGGGAUCUACCGGCACGCCUUUGCCGCCUUUCCCGUCCCGGGCCUGUGCCCCUGCUUUGCCACGGGGGCAACCCUUCUGCGGAUCGCGCGGCGGGAGCUCCGCACCGGGCUGGUGGAGGACGGGGAACGAGUUGUGGAGGACUUUUACGSCSUCCUGGACCGCGUCGAGGCCUACCUGGCCCGCCGCGACGCGAGAAACGCCCGGGAGAAGUGCAAGGACCGAGGAAGGGCCGCCAGGGAGCCAGCCCACGAGGGCAGCAGGGUCGUCAUCGAGGUGGAGGGCCUCGACGGCAGCGGAAAGACGACGCUCUGCCGGUCCCUGGCCGGGGAGAUCAACAAAAAGCUGUCCGCGUGCGGAAGCCCCAAGAUCGCCGUUUCCACCAAGACGCCCCCGGCCUCCCUCAAAGCCGUCCGGCCGCUCUUUGACCACCGGGGGGGCACGCUGGCGCGGGUCUUUUACGCGGUGUCCAACUACGUCCUGGAAUACGAGAUAGAGGAAGCAAUGCCGGAGGAGGUCGCCGUGGUGGUCGUCGACCGGUGGUACGCCAGCACCCUCGCCUACUCGGUGGCCUACCGAAGCAGCGAUGGCGACGAAACCCGAGGCCUUUGCGGAGACCCGGACCGGCUGGACGACUCGGUCUUUCGCUGGCCCCGUGACCUGGGGCCGAUGCCGGGCCUCCUGCUGGUCCUGGGGAUCGGUGCCUCCGAACGCAGGGCGAGGGUCCAGAGCCGCAGGGAACGCGGCGGCGGCGCCUCGGCCUUCAACCCGUGGGACGACCGGCUGGAGAAGGACGAGGCCCUCGGGGACCGGAUCCUCCGGACCCUGGAACGGGUCCACGGCCGGGGGAUGAAGGUGGAGGGAAUCGACGCCGGAAGGACCCCCGGGGAGGUGGUUGGCUCGGCCCUGGCGAUCGCAGCGCCCCUGCUGGAGGCAUUCUUCCCUGCACCCGGUACUCGUACUCCACCACCCGUGCCCUUCCGGGGACCCCUCGGAGAGUGGGCCAGGGACGCGCGGGCGCCGGGCCCGUGCGGGAGCGAAGGACCCCGGGCCGUGCGCCCACCCCGGAACCGGAGCCUGGGGUUGGCCUUUUGGCCGCAUCCCCGUCCGGCUCCGGACGGCGGUUCCUCCCCCGUGGCACCUGCGCCGCCGGUGCUCGAAACCGCGUGGCUGGACCGGAUCACCGCCGGCGCCGUCCGUGCUUGGACGGCCGGGUCGGGCCUCCUGGCCCACGGGCACGCGGGAGGCGCCGAAGGCAGCACCCGUGCCGGAAGCAUCCGGAUGGCCUCCGUCCUCUGGGCGGCGGGGGAUUCCCCGGGAGACCCCGAGUGGAGGGCCGAGGGAUUCCUGGAGGGGGUGACCCCUGCCGAGCGCGAGCUCGGGGGCUUUCGGGCACCCGGUGUUGUGGAAGGGGAGCCACGGGCAACCCCCCAUGCCAUGGUUCGCUUCGUCCCCCUCCGCGCAAGGGUCCUCCGGGGCGGUCCCGGUGGUGGCCGCCCGGAAUGCACCGGAUGGACCAGGAACCACACGGAACCACCCAUCGGCGGUGGGAACGGGGGCGGCUGGACCGAGGAGCCCGCUGUCGCUGUCGCUUUCGCUGCCCCAGUGAGCUACCGGGCCCGUCCGUUCUGCCUCGUGCUGGCGGGCUGCCACGCGGCGGGAAAGACCACCCUCGGAAGGAGGCUGGCCCGCCUCCUGGGGUGGAGGUUCGAUCCCGAGCUGGGGGAGGUCCUGCGCAACAGCGACAGCGGCAAUCGCCGCGAACUCCUGCCCGGGGGGCACUUCUGCGGCGACGGGAGUUCCCCGCCGGACGAUCCCCCGGGCAACGGCGGCGAAAGCCCCGCCGACGCCUGGGACGACCUCGUCUUCGAGGCGGAAACGACACGGGACGCGGAUUCCCUCGAGGCCGGGUGCUGCCGGGUCGUCGAGACGUGGCACGUCGGGAACGAAGGGUGGCACGCCCUGCGGCGGGCACACGGGGCACCACCACCGCAACAACAGCAACAACAGCAGCAACAAAAUCAUCAUCAUCCUCCCACGGCCGGGGGCGACGCCGAUCGGCAGCGGUACCGAGACGCGGUGUCCAAGCACGCGCGAUCCGCGGUGGUGGUCCUGGUCCGCCUCGACCUGCCCUCGCCGGGAAUCGUACUGGACCGCCGGAAAGGGGACGCAUCGGCCCGCGAACGGCUUCCCCUGGAGGACGAGGCCAAGGACUGUUGGGAGCUCUUCCGGGCCCUCMAGCCCGGCAGCACCGAAACCCAAACCGAGGGCGAAACGACGGAAUGGGGCGUGCCAACCCUUCGCGUAGACAACGGUGGCUACGGCGAGGAAGCAAUGGCGCAAACGAUGCGAACCAUUCUGUCGUUCGUUGAAAAACACUAUUACAAGCGAGCCGUGCCUCUGUCCGGGUGAUGGCGGUUCUUGCCCGAGGAUGGAUCGAUGGCAGGUAUGGAUACCACAAUAAACAAAACGACUGCAA